AUGUUGUUUUCUUCAAAAAAUAAAAUAUAUUCAAUUAAUUCCUCAAACCAUCAUUUGCCUCAGUCAUCUUUAUUAUUAAUUCAUGAUGCUAAAAUUAAAAGGAUUAGUUUAAGUUUUUGGGAAGCAACAUUUGCCUGUUUAAAUAUAAUAAUGUCAUUGCCCUACUCCAUCAUUUCUUUAUUUAAAUUUAACAAUCUAUUCACAACAAAAUAUAAUGGAAGAUUUGCAUUUCUCGAUAUUUUUCGUUUUAUUGCUUUAUGUUGGGUAGUUAUUAACCAUUUAGGAAGUGAAGGACGUCUUGAUAUUUUGAGAAGAGAGAAAACUGGAGAUUUAUUUAAACAAAAUAUACAUGAACAUCCAAUAUUUGGUCCAUUACUUGGUAAUUCAGCUCUUGGUGUUGAGAUUUUUUUGUUCCUUUCUGGAUUUCUCGCAGCCCGAUCCUGGCAAAGACACAGAAGUGUUGACCGUCCAUUUUGGUUAAAUGCCUCUGGUUUUUUGUUUCGACGUUGGUUGAGAUUGGCCCCACCAACUUUAGCUUUUAUAUACAUUGCAGCAGGCCCUCUGGGUAAAUGGGCAUUGCCACAGUGGGUUUUCUUGAAAAAAAAUUUUUCAAAAAAAAUUUUUUUUAGAUUUUAUCAUUCAAUGGUCUCAAACUGCUCAUCUAAACAAUUAUUUUCACAUGUUCUUUUUAUAAAUAAUUUUUCGAAAAUACCAACUUGUAUGGGGUGGCUUUGGUAUUUAGGCCUAGAUUGGCAAUGUUACUUAUUAACUCCGUUUUUGUUAUAUUUACUUGAGAAAAGGCCUCGAUUUGGAAUUUCUUUAUUGAUAAUAAUGAUUGGAGGUUCUAUUUUUAUUCGUGGAUGGCAUUGCCAAAUAAAUGGAAUUUGUAAUAAUAGCGAUGUUGAUAUUCCGUUUGUUUAUUUUCCCAACCUUUCCAAUGAUAUUCUUCAAACUUAUUCUUCGCUUUUUUCACUUUAUGCUCGUCCAACAACAAAAAUCGGUCCUUUCCUUAUAGGACUAAUUAUGGGCUAUUUUACAACAUUAAAAGAAACUUUUCUAUUAAAACCAAAAACUUCAAAAUUCCUUUUCUUUGGAGGAUUUUUAUUAUUAUUUUUGACAAUUUAUGGAAUUUUGCCCGAAUAUUGGUAUCCGAACCAAGGGAAUACUUUAUACAAUAUCUUAUAUACUGCGACGUUUCGAACGAUUUUUACUCUUGGGAUUGCUUUUAUUGUUAUUUCUGUUCUUUAUGGAGAAAGAUCGAGCCGCCCAAUUUCACGUAUUUGGUCUAUAUUUGCUCAAUUAACAUUUUCUGCAUUUCUUGUACACAUGCCUGUGGUAUUUAUUUUCAACUACAUUUCAGCCUUCCAAAGAAUUGAAUCUGUUUAUGGCCUUCUUUUAGCUUUUCCUUUUGCUUUGAUUUUAACAUUUUUUGUGGCUUUAAUCUUCCAUUGUUUUAUUGAAAAACCUUUAGCAAAAUUAUUUUUAAUUUAA